AUGGAUGUAUGUGAAUUUAUCGAUCCAAUAAGAAAAAGAAAAAUAACAAAUAAUUUAAUUGACUUUGAUAAAUAUGUAUAUAAAGAAAAAAGUGACAAAUGUGAAGAAAAACAAAGUAAUGAAUAUGUUAUAAAAAAAAAAAAAAAAAAAAAAAAAUUAAAAAGAGUAUUAGAUAGUUCAGACAGUGAUAAUAGUGACAAAGAAAAUAUUAAAAAAGAAUAUAAAAACGAAUGUGAAAAAAAUAAAAAAAAUAAUGAUGAAUUUUUGUGUAAAAGUUAUGACAAUAGCAUAACAAAUGAUAAUGAAAUUGAAGAAAAAAAAGAAUAUGAAAGAAAUUUAAAAAAAUUAUAUAAUUGUUUAUUAGGUUCGGUCAAAAUUAAAAAUAAAAUCAUAAAAUAUUUUACACAAAAUGCAAUAGAAAAAAGACAAGAUAUAAUAAAAGAAUUUGUAAAAGGCUCUUUUAGAAUAAAUAAUUAUGAUGCAAAUUUUGAAGAUUUUGAAAAAAAUGUGGAUACAUUUCAUAAAUUAAAAAAAUAUCAAAAAUGUGGAGUUUAUUGGUUAUAUAUUUUAUAUAAAGAAAAAAAAAACGGUAUAUUAGCAGAUGAAAUGGGAUUAGGAAAAACAGCUCAAACUUGUGUAUUUUUAGAUUAUAUGUAUAAAACAAAUAAAUUACAAAAUAAAACAAUUAUAGUAACUCCAACGAGCUUAUUAAAAAACUGGGAUAAUGAAAUAGAUAUGUGGUGCCCAUAUUUAAAAAAUCAUAAAAUUAUUUAUUAUGGUAAUCAAAAUGAAAGAAAAUAUUUGGCUUAUGAUAUAUUUACAAAUAAAAAAAAAGAUAAUAAUAAUAAUAAUAACAAUGCAAUUCAUUUAAUUAUUACUAGUAUUAAUAUGUUAACAGGAAAAAAUGAUGCUGCCUAUUUUAGACAAAUUCGAAAAUAUGAUUAUUUAAUCUUUGAUGAAGCUCAUUUUUUAAAAAAUAAAAAUUCAUUAAUAUAUAAAAAGUUGCAAAAAAAAAUUAUUUUUAGUAAUAAAAUUUUAUUGACUGGAUCUCCUAUUCAAAACAAAACACAAGAAUUAACUAAUCUUCUUCUAUUUUUAAUGCCACAUAUAUUUACGGAGCAUAAUAUAAAUAGUGCUAUGAAUGCUUUUUUAAAAUUAUAUCAAGAAAUAAUCGAAAAAAAAAAUAAAUUCGAUAAUACUGAAAAUAGUGUAAAUAUCCAAAUGAGAACCAAACAAUUUAUGGAUAUUUAUGAAAUAGAAUCAGAAUAUGAUGAAGAAAAAAAAAAAAAAAUUAAAAUAAAUAAAGAUGAUAAUUUAGAUUAUUGUGCGAGUGAUAGUUAUGAAAAUGAAGGAAAUGAAAAUUUAAAUAAUUCUGAAAAAGAAGACGAAGCUGAAGAAGGAUAUAUGUGUGCAAAUACUAGAGCCAUUAUAAAAGAAUAUAUUAAUAACACAAUCAAAUAUCAUGAAAAAAAUAUUGACAUUAAAAAUAAAGAAAUCAUUUUAUUACAAUUAAUCAUCGAACCAUAUAUUCUAAGGCGUUCUAAAAAACAUGUUUUUAUCGAUAUGCCUAAAAAACAUAGUAUAAUAAUUAAAUUGCCUUUAAAUAAUACACAAUUAAAUUUAUAUAAAGACGAAAUACUAUCAAAAUUGCAACACACACAUAAACAUUUAGAAUUUUUGGAAACUAAUUCAAGUAAAGAAGAAAUGGAAAAACUAAAAUCAAUACUAGGCAACAAAGGAGAAAAAGAAAUAAGAAAUUUGAAAAACAAUGAGUUUAAUAAUAACACAACUGAUCCUAAAAAAUUAGAAAAUAUGAAAGAUAACUGUGAUAAUUAUGAUGAAGAUGAUGAUAAAAUAGAUGAAGAAACAAUCAAUAUAGAAAAAGAGGAAGAAAAUGAUGAAGAAAAUAAAGAAUCCAAAAUUAUAAUAAAUAAAAGAGAUGAUGAAGAAAUUAUAAAAAAUAGUCAAUCUAUUUCUACAUCAUUCCAAAAUAAUAAGAAUAACACAAAAGAAGAAAGAGGAAAAAUGAUUAAUGCAUCUAUUUUUAUUUUAAGAAGAAUAUGUAACCAUCCAUUAUUACAUAAAUAUUAUUAUUCUGUUAAUGAUAUAAAAAAAAUAUCUAAAUAUUUUUAUAAUAAUACUGAUCAAUAUUUAGAUUUAGAUUUAAAAACUGUUGAAAAUGAAUUUAUGAAAAUAUCAGAUUUUGAUAUACAUUUGUCAAUUAAACAUUUAAUAUCUCAAGGCGAUAAUAAUUUAAAUAAAUACUUGAUUGAUAAAAAACAUAUUUUAAAUAGUACUAAAAUACAACAUAUGUUAACACUUAUUAAAAAUAUAAAACAAAAAAAAGAAAAAGUUUUAAUUUUUUCUCAAUUUACUACAUUUUUAGAUAUUAUUGAAGAAUCGUUAUUAUAUGAAUUUAUUUAUGAUGAACAUGAUUAUGCUGAUCAUUCUAAUUUUAUUGAUAAAACUCAAAAUGUUAAUAAACAAAAUAAUUUAAAUGAAAAUGACAAUAUUAAUGAAUCACCAAAUAGAUACAAUAAUGAUAAUCAAAAUGAUCAAUUUUCAAAACGUACAAGUUUUAACAAGCCUGAUGAUGAUGAUGCAUAUAUCCGAUCUCCAUCAGUAAUGUCGACCUCUUCACAAUUAUCCGAAAAAAAAUUCCAAAAUAAUAUUUAUGUUAGAUUAGAUGGGUCAACAAAUACCAUUGAAAGGCAGCAAAUUAUAAAAGAGUUUUCAGAAAACGAUAAUGUUUUUAUUUUUUUACUUUCAACAAAAGCUGGGGGAGUUGGAUUGAACUUAAUCGCAGCUAACCAUGUCAUUCUUAUGGACCAGGACUGGAACCCUCACAACGAUAGACAAGCCGAAGACAGAGUACACAGAUUGGGACAAAAAAAAGAAGUAUAUAUUUAUCGACUAUGUUGUAAAAAUACUAUUGAAGAGACUGUUCUUAAGUGCUGCAAAGCUAAAUUACACCUUGAUCAAGCCUUUGGAGGAAAUAGCGAUUUAUUACAAACAGCUUUUAUAAAAGAUGCUUUAAAUAUAGUGGAAAUGAAAUAA